GGUCAUCUCCUGUACUGGGUCCGCAGUCUCCGGUCAUCUCCUGUACUGGGUCCGCAGUCUCCGGUCAUCUCCUGUACUGGGUCCGCAGUCUCCGGUCAUCUCCUGUACUGGGUCCGCAGUCUCCGGUCAUCUCCUGUACUGGGUCCGCAGUCUCCGGUCAUCUCCUGUACUGGGUCCGCAGUCUCCGGUCAUCUCCUGUACUGUGUCCGCAGUCUCCGGUCAUCUCCUGUACUGUGUCCGCAGUCUCCGGUCAUCUCCUGUACUGUGUCCGCAGUCUCCGGUCAUCUCCUGUACUGUCUCCGCAGUCUCUGGUCAUCUCCUGCACUGGGUCCGCAGUCUCUGGUCAUCUCCUGCACUGGGUCCGCAGUCUCUGGUCAUCUCCUGCACUGGGUCCGCAGUCUCUGGUCAUCUCCUGCACUGGGUCCGCAGUCUCUGGUCAUCUCCUGCACUGGGUCCGCAGUCUCUGGUCAUCUCCUGCACUGGGUCCGCAGU